AUGGUAGAUAUUAUUGAAGUAUUUCAUCCGCUAUUUGAUACAUCAUUUAAAAUACUGGAAGAAGCCUAUCAAAUCUACCAAAAUGCAAAAUAUAAUAAAAAAAUAUGUUUAAUCUUAUACGAUAGGUUAGAAAGUGGCACACAAGCUUUGAAAGUCCUAAAAAGACAUCAGGAUGAAAAUUUAGAAAAGUUUAUGGAUGAAAAUUUUUACAAGAGUUUUCUACGUUAUCUAGGAAUUGCCACCGAGAUUAAAAAUCUUAUCAAAGAAGCAGCAGAGGUUGGCGGUGCGAUGAAAUAUAUAAGAGCGAAUUCUUUGAAAGGAAAAAUCGAUACACUUAUAAAAAGGUAUGAUGAAGCUUGCGGGGAUUUAAAUUCGGCAAUCAGUAUAAAUAAUUUCCAAUCACUCGAUUAUAUCAAGAAAUCCAUUGAAUCUGACAAUAUAAAAACAAAAAAGCUGUUAAAAACAAUUAAGGGCGGUACAUUGGUGUCAGAUAUGGCCCAAAAAUUCCAUAAAGACCAGAGUGAUUUAAAUGAUUUCACGUACAAAAAAAUCGAAGCAAGUCAAUUAACGGGUGAAGAAAUGACACGCGAGAAAGUUUUUAAGAGAUCUUUGAACCGAACUCAACCGGUCGCAUGUGUCCCGUACAAUGAAUCCGAUUGGAAGAAAAAUCAUCUUAGAGCGCAUUUAGCGAUUCUAAGUAAAUUAUAUCCAUCGAACAAUAUGAUAAGGUUCCAUGGAACUUCUUGUGUGGACGGAAAGGAUGUGAUGGUGUUUGAUUGGGCUGAUUUGGGGGAUCUGAAAACAGUUUAUAGCAGAUUUACUAUUCCAUGGAAUGAUAAAUUAAAGAUUGCACAUGAUAUUUGUAACGGACUUGUGUUUUUACAUGCAUGUUCAAUAUUUCAUCACGAUGUUAGAUGUAAAAAUGUCCUGAUUAUGGGACCAGAUUUUACAAAUGCAAAACUUGCAAACUUUGAUCUAAGUAGGGAACAUAAGCAAAGAAGUAGUAAUGAAAUUGAAUUUGUAGGCGAAAUCCUGCCUUGGCUGGCACUAGAGAAGUUGAGGGAUUAUGAUGACUGUAGAAAUGUUAGAUAUACACACAAAUGUGAAGUAUACAGCGGUAAACGUGAAAAAUUUGAUUAUGUACACGAUCAUUUACCACCGCUUGAUAUUCGAUUUUGUUUUGAGUGGAUAAUAAAAUCAGCGUGGCGUCAAACACCCUCGGAACGUCCAAAUAUGACCGAUAUACUCUCAAGACUAUAUGAUUUAUAUAGUAAAUACUUUCCGGAGCUUAAUUCGCAAGAUAACUUUUUGCUAGAUCUGAAUCAACCACGGGAUGGUUGCAAUAUUGAAAUCGAGAAUGAGCAUUUCGAUGACCUUGACACCAACGAAAUACCAAUGGAAGGGAAGUUUGAACCAAUACCAUCUCUGGAAGAAGGCAUAAAAUUCCAUAGACAAGAAGCUGCUGGGGGCGGUAAUUCUGUGGCGAUGUAUCAUUUAGGCGAUAUUUAUUUGAAUGGUAAAUUGGGCGAGACGAGAAAUGAAGAGAGAGCAUACCGUCAUUUUAAAUCGUCUGCAGUGAAGGGUUAUGAAAAAGCAAUCCGAAAGCUUGAAAAUUUACAAUUGAAUUUGUAUGAUUAA